AUGCAACUCAGCUCUCGGAAGAUACCAGGCUAUGCCCUUGCGUCCACAUUUGUGGCGCUCGGUGGUAUACUCAAUGGAUUUGAUACAGGCUCAGUAGGUGCAAUUACUGAAAUGCCCUCCUAUACUGGAACUUUUGGUCAUCUCUCGCCAACUAUGCGCGGCUUCACUGUCUCGUUGAUCAUGCUUUGCGGCGCCAUCCCAGCAACAAUCGCCGGAUAUCUGGCAGACCGGUUUGGGCGCUUACGCAUCAUGAUUGCGGGCGCAGUACUGUGCACCAUCGGCUGCAUACUCGAAUGCGCUGCGUUCCAUCUUUGGCUGUUUCUCGUCGGACGUGCCUUGAUGGGAAUCGGCCAAGGGUUUGCUCUCACCAACAUUGGGGUGUACAUCUGUGAGAUCGCACCGAGUCGAAGUCGCGGUAAGUUCGUAUCGCUGCCGCAGUUUGGAGCGGCGAUUGGGGUGUGCGUUGGCUAUUUCUCGUGCUACGGAAGCAUUCACAUCAAAGGCGAUAUGUCGUGGCGCUUGCCAUACAUCCUCCAAGCGGCGCUCGCAGUACUGUGGGCGACUGGGUCUUUCUUCUUACCAGAAAGCCCACGUUGGCUAAUCUUGCAUGGAAGAAGAAGCCAGGCGAUGGAAGAGCUUAAGAAAUUGGACUUUGGGACAGCUGAAGCGGAAAAAGAUGUGUUACGGCCUGUCGAGACUGCAGCUGCUGAAGACGAGAUUGGAGUACUGGCAGGCUUACGCUUGAUAUUCACGAAAGAUUAUCGAUCGCAAACAUGGCUCGCAGUGUUUAUACUGUCUUUCAUUCAGCUCAGCGGCAUCGAUGGGGUGCUCUACUACGCGCCAACGAUUUUUGCGCAAGCAGGAAUACCGUCACAAACAGCAUCAUUCCUUGCAUCUGGCGUCAGCGCCAUCCUUAUGCUCGCCUUCAGUAUCCCUGCCACACUUCUCGCAGACAAGUGGGGUCGGCGCACGUCUGCCAUCUGCGGUGGAGUAAUCCUCUCCGCGACCAUGCUUCUGAUCGGCUCUCUGUACGCUGCGGAUGCUGUACACUCAUAUGGUGCGGCACGAUGGGUCGUUAUCGUUUCCGUUUUUGUGUUUGCUCUAGGAUACGUCUCUACCUGGGCUAUCGUUGGCAAGAUAUAUGCGUCGGAAAUCCAACCCACCAAGACCCGUGCGACCACUAAUUCGAUGGCGACGGGUGGUAGUUUUCUCGCGAACUGGCUCGUCGCUUUCGCGACCCCAAUCUUCCUGGCCAGGUCGGCCUAUGGUGCGUACUUCCUCUUCGGUGGGGUUGCCCUCUUGACACUACUGGUGCUUGCAAUCUGCAUGCGCGAGACCCGGGGUUUAUCGCUUGAGGAUAUACAGAUUUCCUUUGCGCGAUCUUCAGCACGAGUGUCGCCCAUCUCUCUGGCUUGGACCCGAAGACGCGGGUUUGAAGGAUAA